GAUCACAGAGCAAAGUUGCAGAAGGGCGAGGUGGGAUUGGCAAGUUGCAAUGGCCACAGUGAGUGACCAAUUCGUUGGGUAUGGCUUGGUGACCUUCAGCUUGGUUCUCUUCGCCUACUACACCGUCUGGAUAAUCGUCUUGCCCUUCACGGAGAGUGAUCACCUCAUUCACAAGUACUUCCUACCCCGAGAAUAUGCAGUGAUCAUCCCUGUGGCGGCCGGACUGGUGUUGCUGCUUUUUAUUGGAACUUUUAUCACCGUCGUGAUGUGGAAGAAUCCGAAAUCGGAAAAAAAGUCCGCUUGAAAAGGGAAGAUGGGAGAUCAUCUCAGGGAUCCUGUUUUAGCCAAGCCUGGAAAGAAAUUUUGGGAGCCAGGGUUGAUUCCCACCAUCCCCACCCCGUACAGAUCUGGACAGAGUUUCCAAACUGUGAACCGAAGAGAUUUAAUCCGGAGAGAUCUCACGAUGUAUGCGACCGGAUCUGAAAUCCCAGAGCAAGGGUUUCACCCGAUCUCUUUUCUUAGGGUCCAAAUUUAGCUCUGGAAAGUCGACAAGGACUGAAGUUUAGCGGGGCCCAUUUGUAGUUGUGUUUUUGUGGGGGGGAGGGUUUCCUGCUUUUUUCCUGCAUAAUAUCAUGUGGCUUUGUGGCGCUUUGACUUUUCCAGAUUGCAUUUUUCUACAGCCGCUCAAAUUUGUAAACGCGCUGCUGACGGAUGGUAGAUCCGUCCAGAAUUGCCCGUCGGUUUUCCAGCAUAGGGAGAAAUCUCUUCUUGUCUCAGAUUUGUUAUUCUUUUUUUUUUUUAAUUUAUGUCUCCAGCCACGUGACCAUCGAGAUCACGUUAAUGCGUGCCCAGAUUUUUAUUCUUAUUUUUUUCAAUGUACAAUGCAAGUGGAGAUUGGAAACUUCUAAUGACCCAGUUAAACGGUCAUUAAAAAUACGGUCCACCUCCUUUUUCCUAGAAUGGUUUAAAAAAAAAUAAAUAACACUUCAAAAAAACUUGUUCAGAAGUUUCUUUUUAACUCACAGGCAUCCUCUGCUGGUUUCUUGGAUAAAUCUCAGAAAAAUUUUAAUUG